AUGAAUAAAUGUUUUUCUGAUGAAUACGAUAUUGAUUUUUUUUAUUUUACCAGUAAGAGAGCCAUACAACAGAUAUCAGAGUCAGUGUUUGUGGGACUGUGUCGUAAAGUGGGGACCUCACAAGUGGUGGCCAUGAGGAGAGAUGUGAUGGACAUCAGUGAGAUAGUGGAAAAUCAAGUGACAAAAAGUGAUGAAGACAGUGUGAUGGUGAGUGGAAGUCAAAGAGAAGGAUUCAGACUAGAAAGUUCAGAUGUAGACUUUAUGUUUUGGCCAAAUAAUCACCGUGUGAUCUGGGACUUAUCUCAGUCUCAAUAUUACAACACACGCAGACAAACACUGAUCCUCUGUGACUGUUCUAAUAGUCCACCAGGAUACACUUUGUUAUAUUUACUGUCACCAAGCAUGGAUAGAGGAAUCCAGAGAGCUUGCAAUAUAAUGUAUAAUAGACAAUACAUAUCUAGUUCUAAUUACAUACAGGUGAUGUGUUCUGCAUUAAUAAGCAAGAUGAGUCGGCAUGGACCUUGUGCAAGUGGGACAAUCAGAACAAUAGAAUAUGAUACUGCCCACUGUUUUGUAUGUGACUUUUGGCCGCCAUCUGCCUCCUCAUGGAUAGACAGAUGUCACUCUUGGCCCCCACCUUAUUUUGUGGAUAACAUAAUUAAAAAAGGAUGUCACUUUGUAGCUAUCGGGCAUAAGCUAGGAUGUCAUGAAGACCUUGAAUGGAGAAUUUCUUUUUCUCUAGCAGAGCAAAUACUUGUGUAUGCAAUGAACCAUUGUCAGUUCUUAACAUACGGCCUACUAAAAUUGUUCUUAACAGAAAUAUUCAACAAUGGAGUAGGUGAUGAAGAUAAAUUACUGUGUUCCUAUCACAUGAAGACGGCAGUUUUCUGGGUGAUUCAACAAAAUACAAUACCUCACUGGUGUCCACAAAAUCUCUUGGAGUGUUUCUGGGUCUGUUUUAAACUCAUCCUCAAAUGGGUGUAUGAGGGGGUCUGUCCCAACUUUUUCAUUCCAGAUAACAACAUGUUUCUGAGUAAAAUUCAUGGAAAAAAACAAUAUGAAUUAUUUAUGAGACUGCAUGGGUUGUAUGAAAAGGGUCUAACAUUCCUGCUACACAGUCCGACCAUCCGGCCUUAUAUUAUAAAUGUCCUUCAUAACCCCAGACUCUCCAUCUGUACAGAUGAACAUACUCUGAUUUCUGAGGCUGAGUUUGAUAACAACCUAUACAGUGAAAUACAGGCACAUGAAGCACUACACAAAUUAAACAUACAUAGUUAUAUGAGAUCUCUAGAAACAAAACAACAGAUGAUAGGUUUACCCUUCCUGACACAGUAUCAAAACUUACUGAUUCAGAGUCGUACAGUUUAUGUCCUUCGGAGCAUUGCUUUUAUAUUUCACAUGGAAACAUACACACAUAAAAACAAACUGAGGUAUAGAGCUGAUAAAAAUUCCUGUCACAUGCUGAAAUUAGCAACCAAAUUUGGUUGUAUUACUGAUAUGCUGUUCAUAGCCAUGUAUUAUUACAAGACACUUAGAUACAUGGAGGCUUUAUCUAUUAUAGAGAUGAUAAAGGUCAAGUUAGCAAAGCCAUAUGUGAUGUAUAUGUUACAUGUAGAUAAAGAGAUGUAUAAUAAGGCUGUAGGAGGACGGUCCUGGUCUACAAAGAUGAGACAGACUGUAGCAAGGAAUAUCACUCUUGACAAUGAAAUCCAUUAUAUCAGUGAAUUGAUACCAGAACAACAGUCUGCUCUACAGAAUGAGGAGGCCACCUUAUAUGUCCCACCCUUUAUACUGUUAUACAUGUUAGAGAUUUUGUGCUACAGACAUGUAGACACAAUGAGAGUACAAACAGCUCUAGAUGAUCUACAAACCCUAGUUCAAUAUGAUCAGGGACAGCUUAUACCUUUACCUUACAGAGACAUAUCGUGGCAGAUUCUGGGGAUCUGUCAGCAGGUGACAGGGAACCUCCAGGCUGCUCUAUACUCAUACCAACAAUCUCUCAGACAAGAUCCAUUCAACUGCAUACAAACAGCUACACAAAUGAGAAUAGAACAGGCAGGAUCACUUAAUUAG